AUGGAAGAAGCCCAGUCCGUACCGCGUCCUGCUACCGGUCAACUCAUUCUAUUCGACUUGCGCAACGUUAACCAGAUCUCGCGACACCUCCUCACACCCGAUCUGGAUAUCAGGAUUGUUGAUCCUCGAGCACACAACGAGGCAUUGCCCAUUUCGCAAACACCAAACGAGGUAUUGGAGAGACAUUUCCACUUCUGCCUCGAUAGACAGGAGAGGCAUCACCAGCGACUGGUCUUUGCAGCAGGCUGUGUAUAUCUACGGCUGACACCGUAUCCGGAAUGGCUCCAAAUCACGCGUAUCUGUAGCCGAUGGUGUCGCGUUGCACUUGGCUAUUCUCGCUUGUGGUCUACUAUUGCCUCCGAUUCUAAACAGCGGUUCGACCUCUGCAUUGAAAAAUUACCUCCGAAGCAAGUCAUUGAUGUUGCUCUGAAAAUCACCGACAAUCAGGUCGCCUAA